UAGAUUGUUGAGCAAGAAUUUCAAAACAUGGAAAUGAUUAUUGACGAUGUAGAAGAGGACAGUGACAGGACGUCGAAAAAUGGGCUGAACAUUGACAUCAAAUAAAAUAUGAAUUGUUGACCUAGAUUAUCCAGACUUGGGAAGUAUCGACAAACAAAAUUGGCGAAGCCUACGAAAUAUUCAUCACACGCAAUAUCGUUUCUUUACCCCACAAGACAUGCCUACAACAGGAACCGUUUUGGAGUCUAGUGAAGUUUCAGUCUAAUGCAGGUCCUUAUGCUGUGUUAUUCUAGGUUCCAUAUUUUCACCGAUCCUACAAAUUUUUUUGCACAUUUGACUCUAUCCCUGUAUUGAAUAAGGAAAAUCGAAUAUUUCUCUCAAGAUUCCCAUUUUGACAUUACUUUUAAUAUAAGCUGAGAAUAAUGGAUCCUAGAAUGAAGAAAAACAACAGCUCGAAGUCUGGAAGCGAUAAUUCUUCCCCAAUUCUUUUAAGAAGACGUCUCAGUGCACCAGAAACAGUGAUGAGAAAAUACAAACUGGCGAGAGCGAGGUCUCAAGAAAGUGAUGCAGACCCAAGCAGUGACUCAAAAUUUGGGGAAUUCUCGUACGAUUCACAUAGUGGCAGCGAGAUCAACUUACAACAAAAAAAGAAGGACACAGCUGCCAUGAUGAGGAAAUCAACAUUGCUUAGGAGACUGAUGAACAAUCCAAAAACACUUGGUAGCUCGUCAUUCCAGGAGUGGCAACAUUAUUGCGGCAAACUCUCAACGCCAUCUUUGAAUUCCCUGCAAGGAUCUCCUGAACAUAACAUGUCAAAAUCGUAUAGUAGAAGAUCACUUAUAGGAUACGAGUACAAAACAUCUCCUAAACAUAUAGGUUCAAAGAAAGUUUCGCCAGUUCAUCAACUUUACGAAACCCACAAAAAGAGUCCUGUACAUUUAGCCAGCAUGUCGCCAAAGAGAAAAAUAGAAAACCACGGAAUAAGCUAUCAGGUCCAAAGCACUAAACACAAAGAUACCAUCCCCAUGUCUUCCCUUAGAUCUUCAGAUACCAAAAGUACCUAUCCCGGUCAAUCGGAUUCUGCAUACUCCAACGAUAGAUCAAACUUUGCUUCGACUUAUUCGAGCAACGAUACGCAUCUAACUACUCAGGAAUCUAUUCUAUACAAAAAUGGAAGGUUGGAGAACCAUCAUCAAAAUAUGGACCAAAGAAUCGUAGACGAAAACAGGAAUUUUUCAGUAGACACCAGUUUAAACUAUGUAAAACAAGAAACAUCGACACAAACAACAUCAACAACGAAUCUUAAUGUGAUCUCCAACGUCACUCUCAGUCAGAAAACUUUAGAUUUGAUAGUGAGUGAAGUAAUGAAAGAUGUCCAAAAAAGUUGCACCAAUGGAAACGACAUACAAGACCAAACUGGUAGCUCUGUUCAUGUGCGGAAAAUAUCUGGUUUUAACGCAAAUUCCAACAUUGAACGAGCAAAUGACUCUUUGAAAUUGUUGAACGAUGCAAGGCUUCAAGCUGAUGGACAUAAUUUCUCUAGAAUUUCUGUGAUAUCGAGUAAAUCCUCGUUGGGGGAUAUCGAGGAUCAUUCUGACGUUGCAAGCUUAGCAGAUAGUUUAGAGGAGACAUCCUCUAGUAGAGUAAGCCUAAGAAAAUAUGACGACAAACCAGUGCGUGGAGAUUUACCACCUAUACCAGUGAGAGGUCAAAAAAAGUUGAUCAACUCUAAACCACCUGACGUUUUUUUCAUUCCAAUGAAAACUGAAGCUGAAACCACAAAAUCUGUAUCCGACUAUUUACCAGAGAAAUUGAAAGAAAAAAUUUUAAAACGACAAAAAAAUCGACAAGAAAAAGUAGGCCAGUUCAAAGACAAUGACUUUGUGAAUUCUAAAGAAACAUCUGGACAUGAUUCGAAAUCCAAAUACGUAAGGAGUAAAGCUAGAUUUCGUAAGCCUUUUCUACCUAGCAUUGAGUCGUUCAGAAAAACCCAGAAGGAAACAAGAAAUCAAGAACACGAAGAAAAAAACAGUUCUAAAAAAUCUAAAAGGAGUUCUCAGGAUAACACACAUCGUACGUCCAAAAAAUCGAAAUCGACAGGAAAGCAUGACAAUGAACGUCAUUACCAUCGCUACAAAAGUGAAAACGAUUAUCUAUACGAAGGAGGACCAAAAAGAAUUUACCAUAAGGCAGAAUUCAGAAAUAGCAAUCGAAGGAUAGAAAUACUGGAAAUCAUGGAAUGUGUAGAUAUAGGAGAAAAACAUAAUAGAAUCACAACCAGAACAAAAUCCAGAAUACCUGUUUUACGGAACCAAAAGAUGACACCAAGGUCUCUUAGCCCUCUUCUGAUGAAAAAGGCCACAUUCUUAGAUUUCAGUGACGUUUUUAAAGUAGAUCCAAACUUAGAUCAACUAAUAACAGAUAUUUUGAUUCAAUCGUUGCAUAACCAACGAGAAGCAUCAGCUGGUGCAAAAACAUCGAAUUCGAAAGACGAACACAAAGAAGAAACCCAAACCAAAACAGAAAAAGUGAAUCAACAAACAUCGAAUACAGACAACGAACAUUUUUUAUCUCAAGUGAAAAGCACUAAUGAAAGUUGGGUGCAGGUCUCAGAAUGUGAAAUCAAUGCCAAUAACGUCGAGACCAAUCAAGUGCCUCCAACAGGUAUUUUCGAUAAUAAAUUUGAUGCAGUAACAACAUCCAAAGAUUCUAAAGAUACCCAGACACUUACUGAUGACUGGGUACAAUUUUAUUUACCUCUGGAGAAAGAAGAGUCUCUAAAUCAAGCUUCAAAUGAAGGAAGAAAGCCAUUGGCUCCUAAGGUUGAAAUGAAAGAUAGACACCUAGAUAGAGGGGAAGAAUUCAAUUUUUCUUCUGAAGAUUGGAGGAGGAAUAGGGGAGAAUAUGAUUUUGAAAGGAAUGCCCCUAAAGAAAAAAACGAUUUUUAUAAAGAAAUAAUACUGCCUCCUCCUAUACCUAAAAGAUAUGGACAUUCAAGUCGACGACCAAGGUAUAGAAACUCAUCAAAUGGAAACCCUACACCAGGAGAAUGGUCCAUAAUCUUGAGUGGGACGAACAAUGCCACAUUAGCUUCUGAUCUGGAAAUGAAAAUAAGAUUUCCAUCUUCACAUAGGACUAACUGUUUUCCUUUCAAUAGUAUUGGAGAAUCAGGGAAAAAUAGAGAAAAUACUGGUAUUUGUAAUGAUGAUUCUAGAUUUCCUCACAUGGGUCACAAACAUUUUAAUAAUUUUGACAACGGAACUUCAUAUUACAAUGAAAAUAAUGGAAGAUUUCGGAAAUUACCAGGAAUUAAUAACAUGAGAGAUCCAGAUAAUCAAAGAGUAUCAGAUCCGAUUGCUGCCUUGAGAGCAAUGGAAAUCACCGAUAUUCGUCCAAAACAAACGAAGACCAGCCUGAAAAGAUACAAUAUGACAAGACCAAAGCUUCAUCCCUUAUUCGAAUCGAAUGUUGAUAAUUCGAAUAUUGAAAGUCAUUAUACAGGAAUGCUGAAUCCAGUUCCAGACCUAUUGAGCAUCAAUGGAUAUUCAGUUAGUCCUGAUAAUAAAUACUACGUACCUGGUUUUGGUGGAAGACGUAUUCCAAGGCAUAGCUGUACAUCAAACGGCAUAUAAUCCACUCAAUUAUAAAUCAUAUUAUAAAUCCGACAAAAUAUAAUUUUGCGAGAAA